AACUGCAUGAGGUAUUUAGUACAAACUAGUCGAUCAAACUGAAUAGAACUGGUGCUACUAUGGAAAAACUAACCCAAAACUAUAGUCAAGAUUGGCCAAAAACCAACCGAACGAGUUUGUUGUCACCUUUUUAUGUCGCAUUCGUUGGAGUGGUUCUAAUAGUUUUUCUCUAUGAACUAUGGUUUCGAAACUCUCGCGCCUAUAAGUUAUUGGCAAAUAUGCCAACACCACCGAGGUUGCCACUUAUUGGUCAUGCACAUCAUGUAAUUGGACUCACCAGUAGGGAAAUCAUGCGCACUUGUUUGGAUUAUUACCGUAAAUAUGGGGAGACAGUUUGGGCUGUCAAUGGACAUCGGAUUGUGGUAUUUAUCACAAACCCAGCUGAUAUUGAAAUAAUUCUUAGUAGUUCAGAACAUUUGGAAAAGUCUGAAGAAUAUCGCUUUUUUAAACCAUGGUUCAGGGAUGGUUUACUGAUUAGUAAAGGUGCCCACUGGCAACAUCAUCGUAAAAUGAUUGCGCCAACAUUCCAUCAAAGCAUACUAAAAAGUUUUAUGCCUAAGUUUGUGGAAUAUUCCGAAAAUGUAGUAAAAAAAUUUUCAAAACUUACUGGUAAAGAAAUUGACGUCCAUGACUACAUGAGUGAAACCACAGUGGAAAUCUUACUAAGUACGGUUAUGGGUGUUAAAAAUUUGCCAAGUGGAAGUGAAUGUGCCAACUAUGCAAAGGCUGUGGUCGAUAUGUGUGAUAUAAUCCAUAGAAGACAAAUUCAAUUAAAUUAUCAUUUCGAUAUAUUAUUUAAGCUAACAAAACUUAAUACAAAACUCAAUGAAUUGCUAUCAAGUAUACUCGCACUCACACAACGAGUUAUUACCGAACGUAUCAAGAAUUUCAAUGUGGAAUCUGAUGGAAUUUUCGACACAAAGGAUGCAAAUGAAAGUAAAGUUAAAAAACAGGAUGGUUUUCGGGACGAUUUAGAUGAUAUUGAUGAGAAUGAUGUUGGUACAAAACGGCGAUUGGCGUUAUUGGAUGCGAUGCUUGAAAUGUCAAAAAAUCCGAAUAAUAAAUGGACUGAAAAAGAUAUUACUGAUGAAGUGAAUACUUUGAUGUUUGAGGGCCAUGACACAACUUCCGCUGGAUCUAGUUUCUUACUAUGUCUUUUGGGUAUACAUAAGGAUGUACAGGAUAAAGUAUAUGAGGAACAAAAGGCUAUUUUCGGCAAUGAUAUGAAUCGUCCAUGCACAUUUGCAGAUACAAUAGAUAUGCACUAUUUGGAACGAGUUAUAAAAGAAACAUUGCGUCUCUACCCACCAGUUCCUAUAAUUGCACGUAAAGUUAAUACCGACGUUAGGCUGGCUUCCGGACCAUAUACUAUACCUAACGGUUCGACCGUGGUUAUUGGGCAAUAUGCUGUCCAUCGUAAUUCCAAUACAUAUAAGGAUCCAGAAAAAUUUAAUCCAGACAAUUUUCUACCUGAAGAAGUCUCUAAACGACAUUACUAUAGUUAUAUACCAUUUAGUGCUGGACCCAGAAGUUGCGUAGGACGGAAAUAUGCAAUGCUAAUGCUGAAGGUGUUAAUUUCUACAAUAAUACGCAGGUAUUCGGUACAUUCGAAUAUCACUGAGCCUGAUUUUGAGUUGCAAGGUGAUAUUAUAUUGAAGUUGUCGAAGGGCUUCAAUGUUGCGUUUACCCUUCGCACUUAAGCGGUUCUAAGAAAAGGGCAUAAUUUCCUUAUGAGUGUUCAGGAAUAUUAAUUAAAAAAGUACUUUUUUAUAAUAUUUACACUUUUACUCAAUAAAAGCAAUUUUAAAUAAA